GACAGAUCUUCACAUUCAGCCUUCGUCUUCUUCACCGAGCUGCUUCAUAAAUUCCUGUAAGCUAGCUGACAAUGUCCGGAAAGUUCUCAGUAGCCCUGCUCUUCGCCGUCUUGGUAGUGAGCCUCGGCAUCAUCAACUGCAAUCCUGCUAUCGCGUCCGGUUUCGACCCCAUGGAGGUGUGCAUAGAAAACUGCGCGCAAUGCAAGAAGAUGCUGGGUGACUGGUUCCAGGGCCCGCUCUGCGCGGAGACCUGCAUCAAGCUCAGAGGCAAACUCAUCCCUGAGUGCGAGAACUUCGCUUCCAUAUCGCCUUUUAUUGUCAACAAAUUUUAACGCGAUUGGAAUCAUUUUGUCGAGCGCACGAUAUAAGUAAGACGGUUUUUUUGGACACUGAAGAAUGGGCUGUUGAGU